CCUCCCCCAGGGUUGUGGCCACGCGCAGCAGCGGCGGUUUUCCGCUUCCCCUCCGGCCCGGGCCGUCGCCAUUGCCGAAGGCUCCCAGCCCGCCCCUCCCGGCGCCCUGGGGCUCGGCUGCCGCUCGGCCUAGCGGUAGCUGCCGCUGCGCUCCCGGCGGCCCCGCUUCCCGCCCCGCUUCCGCGUCCUUCCCUCCCUCCCCGCCCCGCGCCGCGCGCUCGCCCGGGGCGGCGCCGGAGCCCGCCGGCCGGGAGCUCGGACCGAGGCGCCUCGCUGGGGCGGGGACCUUCCCUCGCCUGGGGCAUUGUCAUAAUUCUGAAACAUGUCUGAUAACGGAGAACUGGAAGACAAGCCUCCAGCACCUCCUGUGCGAAUGAGCAGUACCAUUUUUAGCACCGGAGGCAAAGACCCUUUGUCAGCCAAUCACAGUUUGAAACCUUUGCCCUCUGUUCCAGAGGAAAAAAAGCCCAGGAAUAAAAUCAUCUCUAUAUUCUCUAGCACAGAGAAAGGAAGUAAGAAGAAAGAGAAGGAACGGCCAGAAAUCUCUCCUCCAUCGGAUUUUGAGCAUACCAUCCAUGUUGGUUUUGAUGCUGUUACUGGAGAAUUCACUGGCAUGCCAGAACAGUGGGCUCGCUUAUUACAGACUUCCAAUAUCACCAAAUUAGAGCAAAAGAAGAAUCCUCAGGCUGUGUUGGAUGUCUUAAAGUUCUAUGAUUCCAACACAGUGAAGCAGAAAUACCUGAGCUUUACACCUCCUGAGAAAGAUGGCUUCCCUUCUGGAACACCAGCACUCAGUACCAAGGGAUCGGAAACAUCAGCAGUAGUAACAGAGGAAGAUGAUGAUGAUGAAGAGGCUGCUCCUCCUGUUAUUGCCCCACGACCAGAUCAUACAAAAUCAAUUUAUACACGAUCUGUAAUUGACCCUAUUCCUGCACCAGUUGGUGAUUCUAAUGUUGAUAGUGGUGCCAAGUCUUCAGACAAACAGAAAAAGAAGACCAAAAUGACAGAUGAAGAAAUAAUGGAGAAAUUAAGAACUAUUGUCAGCAUAGGUGACCCUAAGAAAAAAUACACAAGAUAUGAAAAAAUUGGGCAAGGGGCUUCUGGUACAGUUUUCACUGCUACUGAUGUGGCACUGGGACAGGAGGUUGCUAUCAAACAGAUUAAUCUACAGAAACAGCCAAAGAAGGAAUUGAUUAUUAAUGAGAUUCUGGUGAUGAAAGAAUUAAAGAAUCCCAACAUAGUUAACUUUUUGGACAGUUACCUGGUGGGAGAUGAAUUGUUUGUGGUAAUGGAGUACCUUGCUGGGGGAUCACUCACUGAUGUUGUAACAGAAACUUGCAUGGAUGAAGCACAGAUUGCUGCUGUAUGCAGAGAGUGUUUACAGGCAUUGGAGUUUUUACAUGCUAAUCAAGUGAUCCACAGAGACAUCAAAAGUGACAAUGUGCUUUUGGGAAUGGAAGGAUCAGUUAAACUUACCGACUUUGGUUUCUGUGCCCAGAUCACUCCUGAGCAGAGCAAACGAAGUACCAUGGUUGGAACACCAUACUGGAUGGCACCAGAGGUGGUUACACGGAAAGCUUAUGGCCCUAAAGUGGACAUAUGGUCUCUGGGUAUAAUGGCUAUUGAGAUGGUAGAAGGAGAGCCUCCAUACCUCAAUGAAAAUCCCUUGAGGGCUUUAUACCUGAUAGCAACUAACGGAACCCCAGAACUUCAGAAUCCAGAGAAACUUUCCCCAAUAUUUCGGGAUUUCUUGAAUCGAUGUUUGGAGAUGGAUGUGGAGAAAAGGGGUUCAGCCAAAGAAUUAUUACAGCAUCCCUUCCUGAAAUUGGCCAAACCAUUAUCUAGCUUGACACCACUCAUCAUGGCAGCUAAAGAAGCAAUGAAGAGUAACCGUUAACAUCCUUGUCGUGGCCUCAUAUUCUUUUUUCCAUUUUCUAAAAGAAGUAUUUUAAUAUAUGAAAGUUAUUACUCUUUUGGGAGGUUAUAGAGAAAAGGUCUGGAUACAAGGAAGAAAAAAACAAACUACUUCCUGAAGACAACCAAGAGAAAAUUGCAAAAUAGAAUGACAGCUUUCUAUCGAAUCCCUUCUUUAGGGUCCAAAAGGAAUUGUGGACUGAAUCACUAGCCUUUUUUCAGCAACAGCCCAUUAGGGUCAUUUAUCGUGCUUGAGAAUUGUAUUUUAUUUUGCUGACUGCAUUGUAAUAGAUCCCAUUCAUUGUCCCUCUUGGGGUAUUUUUAAUACUUGAAUGGCAGAUUCGAUUUUUUUCAAAUUAUUUGAUUCAUCUGCUAGUCUUCUUUAAGCUCUUCAUAGCUUUUUUUCCCCUUGACAUGCUCCUUUUGAGUUGCUUUGAGAAAGUUUUCUUAAUCCUAAAUUCAAGGCAAGUGUGAUAGAAAUUAUGUAGCUCUUUAUAUUGGCAGAGGAGCUUGAUAUGGUUUAACUUUAUAUAGAAGUUAGGACCAGCUGUUGUUACAUGUAAUAUUUCAGUUCAGAACCUGAACUGAAGGAAGGGAAGAAAAGUAUGUGAUUUUUAACCUUUUAACCUAAUGUGAAAAGUCAGUUUUAGAAAUUUCAUGGUAGUGAGUUUGGCAUUUGUUACAUGUAUAGAGAGACGACUAAUAAUCUAUAUUUAUAACUAAAUCAUUGAGUCAGAAAAUGAAUUCCCAUGGACUAUAUAUCUUUACAGUUUUAUUUUCCUUUUUGACUAUAUUCUCUUCAGAUUUGGCUUCAGGAACCAAAGUGAUUUGUUCUGGUUCCAACUUGGGCUCUUUGUCUUCGGUUGGCGCCACUCUUUUUCCUCCUUUUUUCCCCACCUCCCAUUUAUUCUUUCAUUUUUGAAAUGUUUCUGUAUAUGUUGUAAUGUUAGUUUGUUUGUGUUUUAAUUAACCCUUUCUUACCCUGUUCUCCCCUUCUUCCCCCCAUGGUAAAUAAUAUAAUAACCAUUGAAUUUUUAGAAGUUCAAAGUUAAGUUUUUCCAUUAAAAGGCAAAACAUACUUGGGACUGGUAGAGACAAAGUGAGGGUCUUGAAUCUUGGUGAGCUCUAAAAUAAUUAGAUGAGAUUAUAUCCAUGAAAGAAAUGUCAGUUAUAUAAAGGCACAGCUUCUAACCAGUAAACUAUAGAGAUUUGUUGUAAGUUACAUUGUUCCCAACCCAUUACCAACAAGUUACUGUCUAUGAGAACUUAAGUAACAAAUUAUUGAUACAUUUAAUGAUCAUUUGAGAUGUUGAGUUACUUUUUUCAAAUAAAUAAUAUGUAAAAAAAGAAAUAGAGAAAGGAAGAAAAAUGUGUUUAUUGAUAGUAAUACUUUUUUUUUUAAAGAUGAAAAGGUCUGUGACCAAUAGCAUUAUUAGAGGAUCUCUCUUUUCCCUUCCUCUCUCCUCUGUCCUUGUUUGCCAUUGGGGACAGUAUUGUCCCAUCUAAGAGGCCAAGAGCCACAUACAAGAGAAAAAUUUGUGGCUUAAUUCUGACAUUUUUCCACCAUCCCUUCCUAAUUAAUUUCACACCUUACCAUCCUGCACUCAUACAAAUCAUGAAUAAAAGUGAUUUUAAUGUUUUAGCUUUGCAUUAGGGAAACAGGGGUAUGUUUACUGUCAUUCCCAGCAUGUCUGUGUGAAAAAUAUACACGUAAGGAUAAGAAAUGGGGUUUUGUUUAAUUAAAUUGAUAAUGCAGAAGGAUUUUCAGAAGAAAUGAUAAGAUAUUUUGUGAAACUUAUCUAGAGCACUUAAUGGUCUCUUCAACUUGAUUCUUUGAUUUUUGUCUGGAUUAUAUUGAUCUUGAGCUAUUACUAAAUUUACAAUAACAGGCUUGUUUAUUACAGUGCCUCUUGAAUUCCAGAUUUGAACAUUUUUUGUAAAUAGUUGUCUGAAUGGAUUCUGAUAAAGAAGAUUCUACCAAUAACACAGAACAACUAGAUAAGACUGAUCAUCAUGACCACUCUGGAAGGCACUGCCAUGCAUAAGUCAUAAAGAUCAUACUGAUUGAAUACAGUGCCAAUGCCACAUUUUUAUGCUUAUGACCUCAACAAAGGUCUUUUCAGUUUAUAGAAGCAGUUUGGGAUUUGUAUUUACAACUUCUUUGAUAGUUACCUGUAUGUCCAUUGCUGGCAACGGACUUUGUCAUUAAAACCUGACUCCCAGAUUAAGGGAGCGACACUGUGGUUUUAGUCUUUACUUAAUUCAGAUAAACUAACUUGUUAUAGAAAUAUACUUUGGUUAAUUCUAAAAUGUGUCAUUUUAAAACAAAAUAAUCAUAAGCAAUAUGGAAUUGUGAUUUAUUAGCUCAUUUUAAAUUAAAAUGUUCAAAAUCUGUUGAAAGAAAAAUUUUAUCUGAAUCAAGAUUCAUGUUUCUUUUUUAAAUAAUUGCCUUUUAUAUUCACUUUGUCAUCACCUUAGAAUGAAAAUUCCCAUUUAAAUCUAAAUGUUUACCUUAAUUGUCCUCUUUAGUCCUCUUGUGUAAUUAGAACAAUAUUACUAUAGUACUUAUUUAUUAUAUUUCAGACUUUGUCGGUCUUAAAGUUUCCUUCUCCUGUAGUUCCUUUUGCUGCUUUAAGGGACAGUUAAAACUGGGAAACCAUGAAAAUAUUGAAUAUUUUAUCCUACCUAGUAUAGUAGUUGCGUGGAUUGAUUGAGAUAGCAUAAGAAACCAAGGCUGACACAACUCUGUCUUCAUGUGUUGAAUGCCUGGCACAUUAUAUAAAUUCUCUUCCCUUCAACAUAGAAAUAUUAAGCUGCUUAAAAUGUAUUUAAUUACCACCAAUCCUAAACAAACCUGUGCCUUUAACAAGCAAUUUAAAACUACCUAAUGAGUAUUUCUUUGUAGGGCUCAUAUAAAUACAUGUUUUUAUAUACUGUAUCCUAGUCAGAAUAAUUUAGAUCUGAUCAGGCAAUAUCUAAUGAGAACAAAUGGGUGCUUAAAGAAUUUGCAUUGGUUUUUUUAAACUAAUUUUUAUAAAACAUACUGAGAUCCAUAUCCAGUGAAAUAUAAAAAAAAUCAUUAUAGACUAUAACUUAAAACCAAAUUAAUACUAAUUUGGAGGUUUUUAACAAUGGAAUUUCAUAGUAAUGUCAAAUGUAGAUUGUCUUCCUUUCCACCACUGCUCCCACAACAGAUAUUUCAACAGGUAAAAUCCAGUUUCCCGUGUGUGUGUGUGUGUAAGUGUGUAAAAGAAAGUCUGUGUACACACACACACACAAUACACUUUUCCCUCUCAACACAUUCAUCAACCACUGUGGUGAAGACAGUGUGGUAGAUGUGAGAAUCCCAAAGGAGAAUCAAGCACUGGCCUUACCUUGAGAGAGCUGAAGACUUUCUCAUUUACCAUUCUAGAAUGUUGCCAAAUGAAGAGGGGGAAAUGUAUAAUUCUGUCGAGCAAAUUUUCAUUCUCAAGUAUAGCCAAUAAUUGGAAUUAAACAUCUUUGGUAGGAAUAUGUUGCUUUUUCUUUUUCCCUUUGAUAUGUAGAAAUGGAAUUAAGUGAAAAUAGUUUGGGUUUUUUUUCUGUUUUGUCCUCAAAUUUUAUAUUGCCUUUUAUUUUUAAUUUAAUCCCAUUCAAUUAUUUAAUUGUUACCUUGACUUUAACUGCUGUAUUUGAUGACUGUUCAAUAAUUUUGUUCUUUCAGGGCUAGAAAUAAACUUUUUUUUAAUGUUCAGUUUUCCCUUCCUAAACUUUCUUUUCCUUAGGCCAGAAAAACUUAAGUAUGGUAGGUUUUCAAAGAGCAUUCUAAUAUUUUUAAGGAAAAGUGCGUUUUAAACAUGUGAUGACACCAUUUUGAAUAUAUUACAAAGCUCCAAAUGAAGUCCUAAUUUCUUCAUGUAAAUUUAAUUUGGGAUGUUGCAUACCCUGAAAUGGAUAGCAGCUGCAAUACAGGGAGUUUACUGUCACAAAGCAAAAUGAUGUAUUUUUUAGUCUAGAAAAUGUAUAGACGAUUGCUGCUUAAAAUAUAUUUGUUACACUAUAAAUUGUUCAAUAUUAUUGUAACAUUUGUAUUUCCUCAAAACAUUUGCCUGAGAAAAGUUCAAAAAAUACCUGGAUGAUUGAUUUCAGAAGCACUACAUAUAAAACCCUUUCUACUACUAUGAUAUUUGUAGCUUUUUUAAAAUCAGGGAAUUGUUUUUUAUGCUGUUAUAUAACCGGUUUUAUCUUUCGAGGACAAAGGAGUAAAGCAAUGAAAAGGAAGGAAAAUGUCUUUUUAGACCUUUGUUUCAGGCUUUCAACAAAGUAAUAUACAUAGAUUAAAAUUUCAAAUAAUCUUUAAUAAAAUUAUUAUGAGUAGUGCCAGCCCCCAGCAUUAUGCCUCCCCAAUGCUGAGUCCUGCUCCACAGAGGUAUCCUCUUUGAACUCUCUUUUCACUAUACAUUAAUCUUGACAUUUCUAACAAUUACUGUAAUAACUUUCUAUUAUGCCAGUUGAGAAUUUGUGUAUACUGCCAUACAUCCCAUUCUCCCAUUUUCACUUCCUCUAGUCUGAAGUGAGAGAGUUAGCAAUUUUUUGAUUAGUAGUCAGUUUUUAACCUAUGUGGAACUGUUUCCUUGACUCAAGUAAAUAAUUGGCUAUUGCUAUGUGUCAUUUCUUGUACCGCUAUUUGCUUUUCCCAUUGUUAAUUUUCUCUGUUUCCUUUGAAAGCACCUCCCUAUCAAUUUUCCCAUACUCACCACAAAAUUACAAAUGCCCUUUGAAGACUGACUACUCUCUAUCCAAUUCAUUGUCUCAGAUAAAGACUUCAUUUUUCUCCCCUGGAAUUAAUUGGGGCUCCAGUUGAAACUGCUGCUCUCCAGGCCAUCUGCCCCUGUGGCGCCCGAAACUCAAUUGUACUUUGCUCCUGGAUUAGGUCCUGUGUAUCCUGAACACCAGUCUUUUUGCUUGAUUUAUUCCGUA